CUCCGAACACAGUUGAGGCCGGCGGUUUCUCCCCGCUUUCGGCCUCGCGGGGCCCUCACUGAGCCUCGGGGCCGUCAACAAGUGACUCAGGGUGAGCCCGUUCCCGGGAGGUGGUCGCGAGUCGGGGCCCGUGCCUCGAACAAAAUUGAGUCGCCAGAUGGCAGGGAUCUCUCUCUCUCUCUCUCUCUCCCUCGCGGACUUCAGGCGUUGCGAUGUGUUUCGCGCCGUUUCUUCUUUCGCCCGGCUGGGGCCGUCACACGUCGAUGCGGCUCGAAGAGUUCCGCAGAGAGCUGGGGUCUGGGGCUCCGGUCCUGAUUUUACGCGACGUUGCGAUUUUUGUCGCAAGGGAUCCCCUCCCUCCUCCCUGCCCAUCCUCAUUCCUCCCUCCUCCCUGCUCGCCCUCGGGGAUGCUGACACCGUGCAGGGACAGGGCAGCACGGGCAAAGGUGGUGUCCAGCAGUCCAAGGAUGUGCCCGAUGGCGAUGCAGGAGACUCAGGACGAGAUCCUCAAGGCGGUCCUCAAAGAGCGUGAAGAAGUUGGCUCCCCCGACUCCUGAAGAGAAGCCCGCUGACGUGGUCAAGAGAGCCGUGGGCGUGUGGGAGGACGCCGACCCCAAGCACACGCAGGCGGUGCAGGCACUGGUCAAGCUCGAGGAAAGUCUGGUGCUGGCGCGCGAGCGUGAUCGCUCCACCGCGGUGGCUUUGGCUGAGGCUGACAAGGCCAAGCGUCUCGCCACGCAGGCGCUCGCGCUGGCGGAUGGCAUUGGCCUUGCAGUUUCACGGACGCCGCCUACGAUAAGGGGCGACCGGUCCAACGGCCCCAAGUUCCGGCUCACCUGGCACAAGGAGCUGUCCGAGGAGCUCGACAACCACGAGUUCGAGGAACACGAACGCAUGGACCUGCAGCAGGUCAAGGCGGACUUGGAGGGCCUGCAGGGGGUGCUCGCCGCCAAGGAGGUUGAGGUGACGGCCAUGCUGGCCAAGGCCGAGGACGUCAGGAAGGCGGCGGGCGAGAAGCUCGUCAAGGAACGACGAAUUCCGAGUGAUGCACAGGCGCAACCUGUUGCUGGUGGCGGCGGCGAAGCUGGCGAGCGUGUUGGGGGGGCCGAUGGCCCAGCCGCCCCGCCAGGCGGUGCGCCUGCCGAGGUGGGCAGCGGCUCCGCGGCCUCGGCGGCAGGCCUGCAGCGCCGGUGCAGGAGCCAGCCGUGGCGCCGCCAGGCGAGAGGCACGACGCCGACGUCUUGGCGGCGGCGGACUCGCUGGCGAAGCUCGAGGUCCAGAGGCAGGAGGCGGCGGCGAUCCAGGCGAACACGGGCAAGGCCAUGGGCAAAGGCAGGCGUGGUAACGACCUCGGUAGGAGCGGCAAAGGUGUGGCUGCAACUGGAGGCUUUUCGCAGAAUUGACGAGCUGAUGGCGUGCUUUGCGAGCCUCCGCCCGCUGUGAUCAGCAUGGUGGCGGACAGUUCGCUCGCGGCCUCGUCUCCUAGCGAGGCGGCCAAUUCGUCCCAUUCGAUCAAAGGUACUAUUAGCGCGUUCGUUUACGCAAGUAUGAAAACGCUUGGGGGCAAGGCGUGGAAGUUCCUGAUGAUAGGCAUGUACGACUACGUCAGCUUAGUGGUGACAUGCGUCAUGAAUUCGUUGCUCACGUUUCGGGAUAAGAAGGCCAGUGCUCAGGGAUAUCGCAGUGUCGCCAGAACAAACAAUCUUUUUGACGCCAUGGUUUCGAGGAGCAACGAGGGUAGGGAGUGGUUCUUGGCCAAGAAUGAUUUUACUAUCGAGCCGAUGUGCACAAACAUGCGCGCUCGUGCCGAGCUUCGGGCUGCAGGUCAUGCGCAGUGCGAUGGGUUUCAAGUAUCUCGCGCCCACCAGCAGGGCUGCAGCAUCGUGAUUGUGCUCUUCUAAGGUCUGCCAGGAGGGAAGGCCGCGCGAUUUCAAGAGCUUGGUGCCAUCGUCAGUUUCAUGCACUUGCCUCGAAUCAUGAUUUGCGACUUUACCGCCAAGGAUGCCGCAAUGCAGCAGUCCACAUGUCCGUCCAAGUUGAAGUGUGGUCUUAUUGCCGUCGCUGGUGAUAAUGUUGCUGCUGCGUGCGAGGCAGGGUCCGGAGGCUCGGUCAUCGAUUGCGCCAUCUGCAGCAGCCCGGCGCGUUCCUUCAUCGGCAGCUGCAAGGGCGUCGCCAGGGUAACAUGGAAUCCUUGUCGGUCUUCAGGAAGAGCUCAGGUCGUCAGGGCAGCAGUUGAUCGCGCGGCAUCUUGAGUUGCCGAUGGCUCUUCCGCAGUCCGUGCGGCCCAUGGCGCAGUCGACUCCCUGCUCGAAGUCUAGUAUCUUCCGCCGGAAAAAAAUGGAAGGGUAUGUCUAAG